AUGACUCUAGAAGUAAUUUGUUUUCAAUAUCCAAUUGCUCAAGCUCUUGUUAAUAAUCUUAUAUCAAUUAAAGAUUUUACUUCAUUAAUUCAAACUUCAAAUCAAAUGAAAAAUUAUUUUAUUAAUUGUUCCUUUAGAAAAACAUUUAAUACCUAUAACAAUACAUUAACUUUAGAACAUGAUAGUUUGAUAAGUCACAAAAAAAUGUCUUGGAAUAACAUUUUAGUAAAUUAUAAUGGAUCAAAAUGUACACUUGAUAUUCUUUAUACAAUUCUUUAUAUGUUUGAAGAAGAAGAAAUUGAACAUAUUAAUACAAUUAACAUUAGAUUCUCUGACAACUAUAAUUCUUACAAUGAAGAUACACGUAUUUCAUUUGGUAAAUAUUUUGCUCAAUUUAUUAACAAAUUAUUUGAAAAGUUUUUUAACGCCACAAUUUUUCAAAUUUUAAACAUUUCAAAAAUUCAAUUUUAUGUCAUUAAACAUAUUAAAUCUUCAAAAAUUCAAGUCAUAAGAAAGUUAAAUCUUUAUGAAUUAGCUGAAUUUAGUCAAAAGUAUAAAGAAUCAUCUUGUGAUAUUUUUAAACAACUAAAAAGUUUAAAAAAAGUAGAUUUUUUUUUAAGAAACAUAUUUUUUUAUGAUAUAAAUUGUUACAAAAAUAUGUUGGAAAAUAUUUUUGAAUUAUUAUCUAGAAAAAAUGAUAAUUUUAUAAACUUUUAUGGUAACGUUUUUCAAAAUGACUUUAAAAAUUUUUCAAAAAUUUUAAAAAUGGCUGAAAAGUACAAUCUUAAUAUAUCGUUUAAUGAAAGUUUUGUUGUCAGUAAAGAAUUAUUUAAAACUGUAUGUAUAAAAAGUUCUACUUUUUCUGUUAACAAUGUUAAAUUAAUUUCAAUUGUUUUAUGGGAUAAAAAAAUUUUACAAUUAUUUUUUCAAUCUUUACAAUUUUUUACUAAUCUUACUAAACUUAAAAUACAAUUUAGUGAUCAAUUAGUUAAUAGUACUAUAGAAUAUAACUCGACAAAUAUUUUUUCUAAUAAUAUUAAUCAAACAGUUUAUGAAAAAAUGCUUCAAAUUGAGGAACUAUUUAUUGGUAUUAAAAAUUUACCAUUUGCAUAUGCUAACAAUGAUCAUUACGAGAAGUCUUUGGAAAUAAAGAAUCAAAUGACAAAAGAAAUUUGUACUUUAUUAGGAGUAAAAUUAAAAACAUUGGUUCUUAAUAAUAUUCCAAAUCUAGAAGAUGAUAUUAGCUAUAUUUUAUCAACUAAAUGUUAUAAUCUUGAAAAUAUUUAUUUAUCUGUAUUGCAUACAAUUACACCAAAUUUUAUAGAAAAAAUGGAAAAAUUGAAAUUUGUUAAUUUAAAAGGUCUUUAUAAAUUAAAUAUUCCAAGUAAUGUUCAAAUGUUUCUUAAUUACCUAAAAGAUGUUAAUAUUAAUGAAGGAAAUAAUUUCAAAUCAACAAAAAUUUCAUAUAAUUUUUUUAAAAAAUUUUAUAAUAGAAAUUUCAAACAUUUUUUUGAACAUAUCUGUGACGAGAACAUAAAUUAUAUUGUUCUUUUUGAUAAUAUACUAGACUGGAAAAAUUAUUUCAAAUGUUUAGAUAAUUUUUUAAAUUUUUUUUAA